CAAAGCAGAAGACUUUUUUUCGUUUUUGAGCCACUAAUGGCUUCUCUCAAGAAUCCUACGUCCAUUUUCCUCCAAUUCUCAUGGUAUUCAAGAACCCACAUUUUCUCUUUUUCUCUUCUCCUCCUAUCCCUCAUCCUCCUAUCGGCGUCGUUCACUGAUCAGUACUCACCGGCGCUACUGGCUUCAACCUUUGCAGCCCGUGUCGUCUACGCUGCAAGCUACUUUUCUCCGUUGUCCUCCAUCUCCUCUACCAGUACGUGCCUCGUCUCUGAAUCGGAGACCAACUGCUCUCUCCCAUCCGUAACUGCCGUGGAACGAACCCACCGGAAUCCCAGAGGGAGUAAUCCGACUCAAGAGUUCAGUUCUUGUGACAUCUUUAAUGGGAGUUGGGUCUUGGCGGAUGAUUCUUGCCCGCUUUACCCAGUUGGGUCUUGCCCGUUUGUCGAUGAUGCUUUUAACUGCUUCAAGAACGGCCGGCCGGAUUUUGAGUACCUCCGGUACCGGUGGAAGCCGUUCGGUUGUGAAAUUCCGAUAUUUGAUGGCCGCAGAAUGUUGGAGAUUCUGAGGGGGAAGAGGAUGGUGUUCGUAGGGGAUUCUUUAAACAGGAACAUGUGGGAAUCUCUGGUUUGUGCAUUGAGGGAAUCGUUGAAAGAUAAACGGAAAAUCUUUGAAGUUUCCGGCCGGCGAGAGUUCAGAACUCAAGGAUUCUACUCCUUCAUAUUCAAAGAUUACAACUGUUCAAUUGACUUCAUCAAAUCUCCAUUCCUGGUUCAAGAAUGGAAGCUCCCUGAUAAAAAUGGAAAACCCAGAAGAGAAAGACUGAGACUUGACAUGAUACAGGGCUCUUCCUCUACGUAUGCUGAUGCUGAUAUAAUCAUCUUCAACACAGGUCACUGGUGGACUCACCAGAAAACCUACAAAGGCAAAGAUUACUUCCAGGAAGGUAGGCAUGUGUACAGAACCCUGGAAGUGACAGAAGCAUACACAAAGGCAUUGAAAACAUGGGCUCAUUGGGUUGAUUCAACCAUCGAUAGUCGUCGGACCAGAGUCUUUUUCCGGGGAUACUCUGCUUCUCAUUUCCGGAAGAGGAAUUGGAACACCGGUGGGCAAUGUCACGGGGAGAAGCAGCCGUUGAUGAACGAGACAGAGCUGGCGGGGUAUCCAUGGAUGAUGAACAUACUGGAGUCUGUGAUAGCAGAGAUGAAGACACCAGUAUUUUAUCUCAACAUAACGAGAAUGACAAACUUCAGGAAAGAUGGGCACCCUUCAGUUUUCCGGCCGUUGGAGAUCCAGAGAGCUGCCGUAAUGGCUGCUGGAAUGGUCCAGGACUGCAGCCACUGGUGCCUUCCUGGCGUUCCAGACUCCUGGAAUGAGCUACUCUAUGCCACAUUGCUGUUAUCAGGCCAUGAUUCACCUGGCGGUAGCAAUUAUUAGGCCACUGUUGGUUUGUGCCACUCUUUUCUCUGGCAGAAUUAAAUCUAGUGUACUUUUGUUCUCUGUAUCUGUUGGCUAAACAGGAAAGAAAAUGGAUUGUUUUGUUCCUAUAUUAGGGGAAAAUGAAAUGAAAAGAUUUUUUUUUU